UCCAUUAUUCGAUGAGCAGAAAAGACCUGUAAAAAAUUGAAUACUAAUAAUUCGAUUAUUGCUAUAUUGCUAUUGUCGAUAUUUGUAUAUGUUGCUUUAUACUUGAUACAAACAUACUCGUGAUCUGUGAAAUUUAAAUUAAAACAAAUAGGAAAUUUCUAUUCAUUCAUGCCUCUGUAUUACAGGAAUUUUAUCAAAAUCGUAAGCAAUGCCAGACAGUGAGCGAGAAGAUUCAAUCACGACAUUGAAUACGGCGCUAAACAAAUCCAUGAUAUUAAUGGAUAGUCCAACUGAGCCGAAAAAUAGAACAAAGGCUGGUAAGCUCAUAAAAAUUAAUACAAAAAUUCAGCCUGCCAGUCCAUCUUUGGAAAAUCCAUCGGUAGUGCGCAAAAGUAUUCUGAAGAAAUCAAAAACUGAAGAAAUUUCAGACAGUCUUGAUUCUUCGAGUAUUCUUCACACAGAAAGUGAUCCUCCAACUGGAAAAGAAGAAUUAACAUACAACCAUUUACCAAGACCGCAUAAUCUGGAUGAUUUUCUCAAAGAAGAUUCUUUUAUGACCAAUCCAACUAAUUCGACCUUCAGUUUAGCCGAUUUAUCUGACAGUGAAGAAAUGUGGGUUAUUGACAUUCCAAAGACUGUUGACCCCAGAAAACUAAAAGGCCAGACCUUAUCAUUAGGGAAGAAAUCGAAGUUAAAGAUGGGUGAUGAACGUUAUUGUGCAGUAAAUAGAAACAACGCAGGCAGUUUAACUUGGGUUUUCAAUACAGGUCGGGAGACGAAACCAUACAAAGCUGUGAACGUUACGCCCACGGCCGCAGUGACAAUUAGGCGUAAAUUACCAAACACUUCGAAACAAGUAACGGAUUUUUCGGAUACGAAUGCUGUGCCAUUUCCGUCGAAUUUAAAAAUUCGACAUCCAUUCUUUGGUCCCAGUGAAGAAAUUGGAGAUUCGUUAUGUAUCAAGAUGGCAAGUAAAUGAAGCUGACACCUUUUCCUUGCAAUUAUACACAAAUGUCUGUUUUAUAAAUCAUAUUAUUGUUAUGUCAAUAAAUGUCGCAUCUACGUAUGCAUUGUAAA